GGGAGGCUGAAAUGACGGAUGCGGCCGCGGGAGAGGGACCCGGGGACGGCUUAUUGACGUCCGAAGAGGCGGUGUAAGUUUAGAGGGAAGCCGCAGCGUGUGUCUCCCCCUUCACUUUCACCGACCCCCUCCUCCUCCUCCUCCUCCUCCUCCGCUGGCAGAAAUUUAUAAAGAACAAAAAAUCCGACGAGGGAGGGAGGGGGGUUGAUAUACGCCGAGGCUGAAAUCGAGAGGCGAACCCAGGGAAAGAGGAGUAAUCUGUACACGGGACUUUCCCCCUCUGAGCCCCUCAAAAGGAGGGGGGAGAGUCGCAGUGUUGGACAACGAGGAGGAAUGCGCUUCUGACGGCGUGAAGGCGUCCGCAACUGUGGAUACUUUAUAUCAUUUUGAUUUCGAAAAAAUAUGGCCGAGAACGUUCUGGACUCUGGCCCGCCUUCAGCCAAGAGGCCUAAACUCUCCUCUCCGGCACUUUCCGCGUCCGCCAGCGAUGGAAAUGAUUUGGGCUCACUGUUGGAGUUGGAUCUCCCAGACGAGCUCAUCAGCUCUAAUGAAUCGGGCCUGGUCAAUGGCGGGGACCUCAGCCAGCUGCACACCACUCUUGGAGGUGGACCCGCAGGACUAGGUCCUGGAGGAGGCGGUGGAGGGCCAGGAGGAAUGGGUCUCGGAGGGGGUCCUGGGGGUGUCGCCGGAGGCCAGGAUGCGGUGGCCAAGCACAAACAGCUGUCGGAGCUUUUGCGUUCAGGGGCGCCCGCCUCAACCCAACAAGGGCACCAGGGAGCAAUGGGCAGCCCAGGAGGACCCACUGCCAUGGGGCAGCACUUGGCAAACAUGAAAGCACCCCCUGGUCAGGGACCUCAGCAAAUGAUGGGCCAGGGGCAGCAGCAGCAACACCUCUCCCCUCAACAGCAGGCAAGCAUGAUGCAGCAGCAACAGAAUGCUGCAGCUGGAAUGAUGGGAGGCAUGAACAGGGCCAUGAUGGGAGUACAGCAGAAAGGCAAUAACGGACAGCAGCAGCCAGGAAUGAUUGGGAACCAGGUGAUGAAUGGCUCCCCUAGGAUGGGCUUUGGGAAUCAGGGGAUGGGGGGCAACAGCAACCUGUUGGCUGAGACUCUACAACAGCAGGGAGCUGGGGGACAGGCCGGGAUGCGAGGCCAGCAGCCUGGAGCAAUGAACAAGAUGGGGAUGAUGGGGAACCCAGGGGGCCCCUUUGGAGGUCCGUAUGCUGGGCAGGGGAAUCAAGGUCUGGGAGGUGCAGGGCUGGGCCCUCAGCUCCAGAACAAGGGCCCCAUGGCCAACAACAUGGCCCCGUUCAAUGUGGACAAGAAGACGCAGCCCAUGCAAGGAAUGGCUUCUAUGCAGGGCUCCCAGCAGUCACAGGCCAGUGUCGGCGGUCCCUCUGGUGCACCUGUGGGAGGGGCCCCAGGGAUGGUGCCCAACGCUCAGGCAGGUCUGAUGGGUCCCGGCGCACAGGUUUCUGCAGCAUCUGCUGCAGCCGGUGCGCCGCCCACCGCUGACCCUGAGAAGCGCAAGCUAAUCCAGCAGCAACUGGUACUCCUGCUUCAUGCACACAAGUGCCAGCGGAGAGAACAGGCAAACGGCGAAGUCCGGCAGUGCAACCUUCCCCACUGCCGUACCAUGAAAAACGUUCUCAACCACAUGACUCACUGCCAGGCCGGCAAGUCCUGUCAGGUUGCUCACUGUGCGUCGUCGAGGCAGAUCAUCUCUCAUUGGAAGAACUGCACGCGGCAUGACUGUCCCGUCUGCCUGCCACUGAAGAACGCUGGGGACAAGAGGAACCCGCAGUGUGAGUCUCUACUUGGUGGGGCCGGUGCAGGUCUGGGCAGCUCUCUUGGGGCAGUGGCCGGGGGCCAGCCAAGUGCUCCUAGCCUAAACCCGCCGAGCCAGAUUGACCCCAGCUCCAUAGAGAGAGCCUACGCAGCCCUCGGCCUCACUUACCAGGGCAACCAGAUCCAACCUCAGACUGCCCAGCCCAAUAUGACCAACCAGGGCCUGCAAGGCCAGACAGGCAUGAGGCCUCUAAACCCAAUGAGUGCAAAUCCUAUGGGAGUCAACGGAGGUGUGGGAGCUUCAGCUCAGAGCCAACAAGCCAACCUGCUACAGGAUACCAUGAUGCACCUGAAUGUGAAUACCCAAGGUCUGUUGAACGAUGCUGUUGGGGUCGGCUCCCUGCCCACAGCAGCCCCCCCCUCAGCCGCAGGCAUGAGGAAAAGCUGGCAUGCGGAUAUUACUCAGGACCUCCGAAACCACUUGGUACACAAACUUGUUCAGGCCAUUUUUCCGACUCCAGACCCUGCCGCCCUCAAGGACCGUCGAAUGGAGAACCUGGUGGCCUAUGCCAGAAAAGUUGAGGGAGACAUGUAUGAGUCAGCCAAUAGUAGAGCCGAGUACUAUCACCUAUUGGCAGAGAAGAUCUAUAAGAUCCAGAAGGAGCUGGAGGAGAAGAGGAGGACCCGGCUCCAGAAGCAGGGUCUGGGCCUCGGGCCUGCUGGCAUGGGUCAGCCCUCCCCUGGACUGCCUCCAAACGGCCCCCUCCCUGACCCAUCUCUGGUGCGACCAGCUGUACCAAAUCAGAUGGUCAACAGGAUGCAAAGCCCAGGUAUGAAUCAGUUCAAUCAGAUGGGGAUGCAGUCUAUGGCCCAGAGGUCCACGCCUCCACUUCCAAUGGGAGCAUCGGGCAACCAGAUGGGAAUGGUUGGAUCCAGGAUGGCACAGCCCAACGUCAACCAGAUACAGAACCAGUAUCUGCCCCAGGGGCAGUUCACUGGCUCAGGACCUGGUGUUGGUACAGCUCAGCCUGGUAUUGCCCAGCCCGGCGCACAGGCAGGCAUGGCGCAGACGCAGAUGGGCACUCCACCCUCUCUUCCAGUUGCUAGUCCUCUAGCGCAGCCCGGUUCAGCUGGCGGCCCCAGUAGUGUCUCCGGGGUGGGGCCAAUGGGUCCCCAGAGCGUGGGUGGCGGAGGUCCCAACUUAUCUGCUGGAGCCCCUCCUUCCUCAAUGACUCCAUCGAACACCAACCAGCAACCCAACUCCAUCCCCCAUCUGGGAGCCAUGCGUGGCAGCCCUUCCCCUGCACACAGCCGAUCCCCUACCCCUCACCAAACACCCCCCAGACUAGCUGGGUCCCAGACCCCACAGCCACACACCCCUAAUGCGCCACAGCUGGCUCCACCCUCUGUCCCCCAGCAAAACCAGCUUGGCCAGGGGCCGGGCUCUAACAAGUCCCUCCAGCAGCAGCACAUAGGGCAGGCGGGUUCGACCACUCCGUCUCACCCUGGCCUGUCGUCUAACUCAACGCCGCAUGGUUCUCAGCUACCCCGCACUCCGUUGUCCCAAAAGGGUUCAUUCCCAGCCGACAGCCAGGCCCUGACUCCAGCCUCUGUCAGCAGCCUGGACACGUCCUCCCAGCAGCCACAGUCGAACGCCUCGGCCAAUAACCUCGACCCCAAGAUGGAGGUCAAGCAGCAGGAUGAGGAUGAGGAGAGCGAUGCCGGCAGCUGCUCCAAAGGAGGGAAGCUCAGCAACCUCAAAACAGAGGAAAAGCUGGUGAAACUGGAGUUGAAAAAGGAGGAGUGUUGUGGAGAGGGUGGUAAAGGUGUUCCUAUGGAUACAUCAUCAACAAUGCAGACGUCCUGCGUGAAGACGGAGGACAGGAAACCGGAGGUGAAGAAGGAGGUGAAAGAGGAAGAGGAGACGUCAGAAUCAGCUACACCACAGGCCCAAGUGAAAAAGAAGAUCUUCAAGCCCGAGGAGCUUCGUCAGGCCCUGAUGCCAACGCUGGAAUCUCUCUACAGACAAGAUCCGGAGUCUCUGCCAUUCAGAAUGCCUGUUGACCCACAACUGCUGUGCAUACCUGACUACUUCGACAUCGUGAAGAACCCAAUGGACUUAUCAACUAUCAAGCGAAAGCUGGACACUGGUCAGUACCAGGAUCCCUGGCAGUACGUGGACGACAUUUGGCUGAUGUUCAACAACGCGUGGCUGUACAACCGCAAAACGUCCCGAGUGUACAAGUUCUGCUCCAAGCUGGCCGAGGUUUUCGAGCAGGAGAUCGACCCUGUCAUGCAGAGCCUCGGCUACUGUUGUGGCAGGAAGUUGGAGUUCUCUCCUCAGACACUGUGCUGCUAUGGAAAGCAGCUAUGCACUAUUCCCCGAGAUGCUGCUUAUUUCAGCUACCAGAACAGUUCACCAAAAUUUGGGCUUAUUGCUAACAGGUACCACUUCUGUGAGAAGUGCUUCAACGAGAUCCAGGGAGAGACGGUUUCCCUGGGCGAUGACCCAACCCAGCCACAAACCUCCAGCGACCCUCCAUUCAAGAUAGAAGUUGCAAAUAUUUUAAGAUCGAUUAACAAGGAUCAGUUUGAGAAGAAGAAGAACGACACACUGGACCCUGAACUGCUUGUUGAAUGUUUGGACUGUGGGCGCAGGAUGCACCAGAUUUGUGUCCUACACCAUGAAACCAUCUGGCCAUCGGGUUUUGUCUGCGAUGGCUGUUUAAAGAAGACAAACAAGACAAGGAAAGAGAACAAAUAUUGUGCCAAACGGUUGCCUCAGACUAAGUUGGGCAGUUACCUGGAGACGAGGGUAAAUGACUUCAUAAAGCGUCAGAGCCAGCCGGAGACUGGAGAAGUCGCCAUUCGCGUCGUCCAUGUCUCUGAUAAAGUGGUGGAGGUUAAACCAGGCAUGAAGUCCAGAUUUGUGGACAGCGGAGAGAUGUCGGAGUCUUUCCCAUACAGGACAAAAGCCCUUUUUGCAUUUGAGGACAUCGACGGUGCAGACGUCUGCUUCUUUGGUAUGCAUGUUCAGGAGUAUGGAUCUGACUGUCCUCAGCCCAACCAGAGGCGAGUGUACAUCUCCUACCUGGACAGUGUACACUUCUUUCGGCCUCGCGCUCUAAGAACAGCAGUUUACCACGAAAUCCUCAUUGGGUACUUGGAAUAUGUCAGGAGGUUGGGCUACACCACUGGCCACAUCUGGGCCUGCCCACCUAGUGAAGGGGACGACUACAUCUUCCACUGUCACCCUAUGGAUCAGAAGAUUCCGAAGCCCAAACGUCUUCAGGAAUGGUACAAGAAGAUGUUGGAUAAAGCUGUGGCGGAGCGGAUAGUGCACGACUACAAGGAUAUCUUCAAGCAGGCAACAGAGGAUCGUCUGACCAGUGCGAAGGAGCUGCCUUACUUUGAGGGUGACUUUUGGCCCAAUGUGCUGGAAGAGAGCAUCAAAGAGUUAGAGCAGGAGGAGGAGGAGAGGAAAAGGGAGGAGAACAGCACUUCCAAUGAGAGUAUUGAUGAUACAAAAGGUGACAGUAAAAAUGCAAAGAAGAAGAACAAUAAGAAGACGAGUAAGAACAAGAGCAGCUUGAGCCGAGCCAAUAAGAAGAAGCCAGGGAUGCCUAAUGUCUCCAAUGACCUUUCACAGAAACUCUAUGCCACUAUGGAAAAACACAAAGAGGUUUUCUUUGUGAUCCGACUGAUCGCAGGCCCCAUGGCAAAUGCCUUGCCCCCUAUUUCAGACCCGGAUCCCCUGAUGGCAUGUGACCUCAUGGAUGGCCGUGAUGCCUUUCUGACUUUGGCCCGGGACAAACACCUGGAGUUCAGCUCGCUAAGGAGGUCCUUGUGGAGCUCCAUGUGCAUGCUGGUGGAGUUGCAUAACCAAAGCCAGGACCGCUUUGUCUACACUUGCAAUGAGUGCAAGCACCACGUGGAGACUCGUUUCCACUGCACUGUCUGUGAGGAUUACGACCUCUGCAUCACAUGUUACAACACUAAGGGCCACGAGCACAAGAUGGAGAAGUUAGGCCUCGGUUUGGAUGAUGAAAGUAGCAACCAGGCUGCCGCUACCACUCAGAGCCCCGGAGACUCCCGGCGCCUCAGCAUCCAGCGUUGCAUCCAGUCCCUCGUCCAUGCCUGUCAGUGUCGAAAUGCCAACUGCUCUCUGCCGUCCUGCCAGAAGAUGAAACGGGUUGUUCAGCACACAAAAGGCUGCAAAAGAAAAACCAAUGGCGGUUGCCCCAUCUGCAAACAGCUCAUUGCGCUUUGUUGCUACCACGCUAAGCACUGUCAGGAGAACAAAUGCCCGGUCCCGUUCUGCCUAAACAUCAAGCACAAGCUCCGUCAGCAGCAGCUUCAGCACAGGCUCCAGCAGGCCCAGAUGCUAAGAAGACGGAUGGCCAGCAUGCAGAGAGUGGGCCAGGCUGCUCCUGGAGGAGCUCCUGGGGGCAAUGGCUUACCCUCUCCUGGAGCCAACAAUGGAGCAACUGGUCCCGGUACCCCUACAUCUGUGGGCACACAGCCUCCUACCCCUCAAACACCCACUCAGGGGAACAUGCCUGCACUUCCACAGCAACAGGGGGUUGGCAUGGGGGGAAUGGGAGCUCCAGGCCAGCAACAACAGGUUCAGCAGCAAGGCGGUGCCAUGCCCCCCCAACACCAUCUCCAUCAGUUUCAGCCAGUGGGUGGAGGAGGUGGAGGGGGGAUGAUGAACUCUCCUCAGCAGCAGAUGGUGCCUCAGCUCCAGCAGCAGCCUCCCAAUGUCCAGCAACUCCAGCAGCCGCAGCACACUGGUGGUUUGCCUCCGUACAACCCCAGACCCCCUGGAGCCUCUCCUCUCCACCAGUCACUGGGAAAACCUGGACUCGGUCCAGCCACCCCACCGCAGCAGCAACAACCCAAUCAAGGUCAGGGAUCCAUGCCUGUACAAGGCCAACAGCAAGGCCCCCCUUUGGCUGCUGUAGAGACGGCCCUAAAAAUUCAGCGCUUAGCAGAGACCCAGAGACAGAUGGCCCAGGCCCAAGCCCAGAUCCGUGGCUUGGGACAGGGGGGCAUGAUACCCCCACAUCCUCACCACCAAAACACCCAGGCCCAGAUGGGCAUGCCCCACAUUGGGGCCCAGGGCAUGCCCCCCCAGACUCAGGGAGUUGUCGGAAGGACUAUGUUAGACCCACAGCAGCAGGGAAUGCUAGCGGGGAUGCAGCAAGGUGGCCCUCAGGCGCAGUUGCCGCCUCAAGUUCAGCAGCAGCUCCAGCAAGUUCAGCAGGCAGGCAGUGGACAACUCCAGCCAACAAACCAGCAGUGGGGUCCUGGGGGACCAGCCAUGAAUCCUCAACAACGGCCAGGCAUGAUGGCUCACAUGGCACCACAGCAGCAGCCAGGAGCUGCUCAGCAACAGCAGCCAAUGAAUCAGCAGCAACCUCAGCCAGGAAACCGUGGGAUGAUGCAGGUAAUGGGUGUGUCAGGAGGGGCAGCUGGGGCACCUACUCCAAUAACGGGUGUAGCUGGAUCAGGAAACCUACCCCAGGCAGCACUACAAGACCUUCUGCGAACUCUGCGUUCUCCAAGCUCACCACUUCAACAACAGCAAGUCCUCAACAUCCUUCGUUCCAACCCAACCCUUAUGGCUGCUUUUAUCAGACAAAGAGCAGCCAGAUAUCAAGGGGCUCAGGGUGGUCCUGGAGGACCAGGAGGGCCUCCGCAAGGGGCCCCUGGAGGUGUAAGGUUCCAAGGGGCUGCUGGAGGGCUACCGGGUGUCGGAGGGCCUGGGGCUAACCAGCUUGCUAACAUGGAAGGACAACAAGUUAAUGUGAACCAGGCAGGCCAGCCAGGGAUGAACGUGGUCCAGGGUGGGGCAGGGGGAGGGAAUAUGCCCACCAUGGCUCAGCUCCAGCAGCUACAACAACAACAGCAGCAGCAACAGCAGCAGCAGCAGCAACAGCAGCAGCAGCAGCAACAACAACAACAACAACAACAACAGCAGCGCCCAAUGUUGCCUGGGAAUCUACAGCAACAGCAAAUGGCUGCGUUGCAGCAGCAACAACAACAACAACAGCAACAACAGGGGGCAAUGCAAGCAGGGCAACAAGGCAACAUGACUACACAGUUCAGAGAGAUGUUGAUGAGAAGACAUCUUCAGCAGCAACAACAACAACAACAACAACAGCAGCAGCAGCAACAGAUGGGCAACCACGGGCAGUUCCAGCAGCAGCAAGGCCAGCAAGGCCAGCAAGGCUUCAUGCAGCCUGGCCAGGGGCAGCCAGGAAUACCCCCUUCUUCCCAACCCCAGCCAGGGGCUGGAGGUGUUGGGGGGCCUCAGCAGCCACAAGGAGGACCACAGGGUGGGCCAGGCCAGCAGCAAGGCUACCCCAACACCAUGUCACAAGUAGCUGCAGCGCUCCAGCAAAGGGUGCAGAUGCAGAUGCAGCAGCAGCAGCAGCAGCAGCAGCAGCAACAGCAGCAACAGCAACAACAGCAACAGCAGCAACAGCAAAAUCCAUUGGGUGGACUUCAAGGACAAGACGGAGGGCCGAGUGGAGGAGGAGGAGGACCCCAGCUUCAGGCUGUACAAGUCGGACAAGGGCAGGGUCAACAACAGCAAGGUGGAGUUGGGGGAGGGGGUGGUGGGCCCCCACUUUCGCAGACGUCCCCAGGCAUGCUUCACCAGAACCUCCACCAGAGGCUGCUGCAGCAGCAACACCUUGGCGGGGGCUCUCCAGCCCAGCACAGCAGUCCCAUGAGUCCCCAACAGCAGAUGGCGCAGUCCCCCCACCAUCUCCAAGGACAAGGGGGACUCGGUCCAGCGGGGUCGCUCAGCAGUCAGGUCAGGUCGCCGCAGCCCUCGCCCAGGCCACAGUCGCAGCCCUCACACUCCAGCCCGUCGCCCCGCAUGCAACCCUCCUCCCAACCUCAGCCCUCACCCCAUCGCAUCUCUCCGCAGACCCAGACUGGCUCGCCCCACCCGGGCCACCUAGGCCAGCAUCACCCCAGCAUGGCGCCGCCCCACCCCCCACAACCCCAGCAGCAAGUGUUACCUCAGCAGCAGCCGGGCGGUUCCGUCGAUCCCAGUCAGUUCAGCUCGGACCAGAACUCCAUCAUGUCCCAGCUGAGUGGGAUGACGGGGAUGCACGGCGGGCAGGGGGGGCCGUCGGACAUGUUGGGUGGGAAUAAUAACAACGGCAGCAGCAACAACAACCAGGAGCUGGGAACGAACAUGAACCACAACAGUUUAGACCACAUGUAGCCCAGGCUCCAUGUCGUCUGUGUGACUUGAUGCUCUGACGAGUUGCCCCAAAAGACUAACUGCCAAGACAGGAGAGCAAGACAGGACUACAGCUUUGGGGUUUUAGAAGUUUUUAUUUUUUAUUUAAAUAUUUUUUGUGAUGUAAAAAUAAGAACUGAAGCUUCCUUCCUAUGGGAGAUGCAACAUAAAUCCUAGAAGUCAAUAAAUGAAUAAAUUAAAACAAUGGUAAGUUAUUGCUGUUAAUAUAUAUAUCUAUAUAUUUUUGCCAAUUGUGUACAAAAAGGUGGAAGGGCAGUGUUUCAGGUUGAAGAUAUUUCUUCCUUAAGUCUAUGACACAAUAUUUUUGGGGACUGAGAAUUUUUUGCCUUUUUAUGAAUAUUUUUAAGAUUUUAAAUGUGGCUAAAAAUUAAAGUGAAAUGACACGAUGUACCUUUUUUUAUCGUUUUUGUUUUGCUCCUCGAAUACCCAGUCAUGAUUGUAUCUAUUUUGCAGAGUAAGUAUAUUUUAUUUCUGGACCCCCCCCCCCUUCAUGGAUCAUAAAAAGAGCAUCAACAUAUCUUCCGUUACAGUCUUCUUUCACAGCUGUGUACAUUUUACCAGGACUGCAACAAGUUAAACAGAAAGAAUUUUAUUUUAUUUGAUGGAAGGGUGCGUUAAAUGCAGUUUUAUUAUUCUUUUGACAGUGUCCCGCAUUUUUUCUUUUUUUCUGUCAGGUUUGAAUGAAACCAUAACAGUGUUUCUGAGGGUGGGUGACACUGACGGUGGGUUUGCUCACAUUUUUUUCUGCAAACAGGUCAGAUCUGCAGAGCAGAUGGAUCCUUUUACCCAUUGGGCCACCUCUCUACCAUCCAUCUUCACUUCUCCUAUGAAUGUGUACACCUUCCUUACCCUGACCCCCCACCCCCCAAAUAAUGGAGGGCUGAACUGUUGAUGCCUGAUCGUCUAGCUGGAGGCGUAUUGUACCUCUGUUUUUUAAGCUGGCCAAUGUUUUAACAGGUUGUCCGUGUACAUAUAUUAAAAGCUUGUUUAUGAACUGUGACGCGGGGAAGUGGUCGGUAAAGUCGUGCUUUUGGCCUGAAGAAGUUCAAGAAAAAAUCCUGCCUGUAUCCUCAAACCCCCCCCCCCCCCCUUCCCGAUGAUUUCCCUUUCAGUCUUAUCUGUCUUUCGCCCCAUUGUUCCCGAACCUCAUGACUGCCUCUCAGCCAAAGGUUCAAUUCAAUGUUAGUACUGUACAAAGUAAGAAAUGGUGGACUUAGAUACUGUUUUUCUUUUUGUAAUGAAAGUGAAAAGUGUAAAAAAAAAAAGAAAAAAAAGACAAUGUAAAUACUUUAAAAACUUUGAGCAGAGAAGUUAUUUUCUGCUGCUUUGUUCCCUUCUUGUUUGAUUGGAUAUUUGCUGUAUCUGUAAAAAAAAGAAGAAAAAAAAUGACAAAAAUACAACAAAAAAUCAAAAGUACUCCUGA